AUGUCAAUCGCAACAACGGCCCUACUGCUUAGCUUGAGCUUAGGCUCUGCUACGGCCGUGUCUAGCUUUGAGACUCUGGAGCAUUUGGGUGCCAAUUCCCCUUGGUUUGCUGGACCGAAUGUCAAUUCCAUCCCGUCUACUGUGCCGGACGGAUGCUCUGUCGACCAGGCAGUAUACGUCGUUCGUCAUGGAAGCAGGUAUCCCGAUCCCGGGGCCUAUGAUGAGUGGCAGGCUCUCCAUGAGGCUUUCCAAUCUGCGGAGUUCACUGCUUCCGGUUCGUUGAACUUCAUCUCCAACUGGGCUCCUGUCUUGAAGCAUCCCGAUCAGCAGAUCCGACAGCUCUCGGUCACGGGGUACAAGGAACUGUAUAAUCUCGGCGCCAAUCUACGCUUCCGGUACCCAAAUUUCUACGCCGACAAUACCCCCUUCAUGCUCUGGGCAAACGAGUACCAGAGAACUAUUGAUUCCGCGAGACUCUUCGCACGCGGCUACCUCGGCCCCAACGCCUCCUAUGCCAACGUCAUUAGCGUGAACGCGUCUGCUUCCGAGGCCGUGGGCAACUCGCUUGCCCCGUCCGGACAAUGUCCCAACUUCAACGACGCCAGCGGCGGUGAACAAGCCUCCACGUGGGAUAGCAUCUACCUUCCGCCGAUUACAAAGCGCCUCAACGAUUUGAUCUCAGGAAACCUGACCCUCACCGAUAGCCAGGUCUCCAUAUUCCCGUACCUCUGCGGCUUCGAGACGCAGAUCACUGGCCGAAGAAGUCCGUGGUGCGAAGUAUUUACGAAGAAGGAGAUCCUCGAUUAUGAAUAUCGGCAGGAUUUAAGGUAUUAUUAUGGAACCGGCCCCGGUGUGAACAAGAACAUGACCGUCAUGCUCCCCGUGCUUCAAGGAAUCGUCGAUCUCUUGCAGACAGGACCCAAUGCUACCGCGGAGACUGAGAAUGGCACUGAGACUCUUCCGCCGCUAAUUGUCGCGUUCACACACGACAACGAGAUCAACGAGCUGGCGUCGCUGUUGGGCGUGUUUGAUGAGCAGAAGCCACUUUCGGCGAAGAAGAGAAUUACGAAUAGACUUUACGCCAGCAGCCGAGUCAACCCCAUGAGAGGAACCAUCGCAUUGGAGCGACUGCAUUGUGGCGACAGCACGAACGUGCGCAUUUUGUUGAAUGAUGCUGUCUACCCUCUCCCGUCCUGCAACUCUGGUCCUGGGAAGAGCUGCCCCGUUGAGCAGUACGCCUCGUACGUUUCUAACCAGAGAAAGAGAUAUGGCUCCUUCGCGUCUAUCUGCGGACUCGAAGAGAAGGAAAUCUCGGCCGGAGAUAACGGCGCCGUGACCUUCUUCCAGGACUUGACCUUGGAUUAUCUUAGAGCUGUUAAGCCUUAG